AUGUCGUGCAAUCCUGGUGACCCAGACGGUCCUCUUUGCACGGUGAGUGUAAAGGAUCUCUUCCAAAAUGUGAGUCUUGAGCAAACUCCAAAUUUUAAUAAACGAUUCGUUGAAUCCUUUUGGAAGGCUUUUAAACGGCCUGUGGUUUCAAAACCUCAUACAAUGAAGACAUCAAGCCACAGCAAGGAGCUGAGAAAAAAAGAAGGUGUCACUUUGAUGCCACCUGUCCCGGAAACAUUACUCCAUAAAUUUAACUUCUGGAUCAAGACCCUUUAUUCCCCCAUUAGCAGGAAACAAGAUGAAACAGAAGCAGACGAGACGAAAGAGACCAAAAUCGUUAUCAAUGAAAAACAGAUCCGGGAUUCAAUAUCUUGUUAUCCAGAUGAACAAAAAGGGAGUGUUGUGUUUUGCUACUUGCCUGACCUUGUACUGUAUUACACACCGCCGAUGAAAGUGACAGGAAAGCCAUGUCCUAUAAAGAAAAGCCCUUGGGAAUCGAUGGAGAUCCGAUACCAAAAGUUCAUCUAUCCGUUAGAAAAAUUAGAAGGUCAAUUUGAGGAAGUCCCCUUCAGACCUUGGUUUCUCGCUAUGCGCUUGAAAGAGCUCUACAGAUGCUUUGAAAGAUCAUUUAGUAAUGCGGCAAAUAGAGGUAAGGCAAAGUUAUUGCGAGGAAAACAAAGAACAAAGAAAUCGUACCACAAAACCGUUGAUUUGGUUUCGAUGAAGAUUUCCACCCACCAGCAUUCCCACUGA